AUGUAUUUUCUAGGAGCCCUGCCUAUAAGCUCAAAUCUCAGAUUCAAACUAGGCCUCAUUCUAUGUGAGGCGAGACAAGAAAUUGCCAUCCCAAACAAUACACGGCUAAGAUGUGUAGGAUGGAACAAAGACCAAGGUUACAUUGCCUGUGGUGGAGAUGACGGCUUACUGAAAGUGCUCAAGUUAGAAGCAGGUAAAGAUACAAAAGUCAAAGGGUUGGCAGCUCCCUCCAAUCUGUCUAUGAAUCAGACUCUCGAUGGCCACACAGGGACUAUACAGGUUGUGACAUGGAACGAGAGCCACCAGAAACUGACCUCCUCAGACCAGAGUGGACUUAUCAUAGUCUGGAUGCUCUAUAAGGGCUCUUGGUACGAGGAGAUGAUCAACAAUCGUAAUAAAUCUGUUGUGAGGGGAAUGGCCUGGAACAGCGAAGGACAGAAGAUUUGCAUUGUGUAUGAAGAUGGCGCAGUGAUAGUUGGCAGCGUCGAUGGCAACCGCAUUUGGGGAAAGGAACUCAAAGGCCAACACUUAAUGGGGGUUGAAUGGUCUCCUGACUCACGCCUUCUCCUCUUCUCCCUUCACAAUGGGGAGGUCCAUGUGUAUGACAACACUGGAGGCUUUGUUAGCCGGUUGAAUAUACAGUGCCUGGGUAGCAUGGGGCUCGGAGCAAUGGUAGUCGGCCUAACUUGGUACAAUGGGCGAAACGGCUAUGUAGAACCUGACUGUCCUACCCUAGCCAUAUGUUAUGACAACGGCAGAAUGCAGAUCAUGAGGAAUGAGAGUGAUGACAUGCCUGUUUUGAUUGACACUGGAAUGAGUGUUUGUGCCUGCCAGUGGAAUCACAAUGGCUAUGUGAUUGCGGUAGCAGGCACCCUUCAUCUGUCAGGCAUGGGAGAGAAAGACUGCAAUGUUGUGCAAUUUUAUACUCCAUUUGGUGAGCACCUGAGGACCCUAAAGGUGCCAGGAAAGGAGAUAACAGCCUGCUCGUGGGAAGGAGGAUCACUUCGGAUAGCUUUAGCAGUUGAUUCCUUCAUCUACUUUGCUAACAUUCGUCCUGAUUACCGCUGGUGCUUCUUUGCCAAUACUGUGGUUUAUACAUACACAAAGCCUGAACGCACUGAAACAUGCGUGACCUUCUGGGAUACCAGGAAUAAUGAGCAUUUCAUUAAGCACAUCAAGUACCUCAUGGGAAUGGCAUCAAGUGGAGAGCACUGUGUCUUGGCUGUGCGCACUGAUGAUGGGUCUGGACAGUUUGGGCUCAUCAUCUGCAAUGCUAUUGGCACUCCAGUUGAUAGUAAAUACAUUGACAUUGAGCCCCAUUACCUAACCAUGACCAGCAGUUAUGUCUUUGCUGCAUCCAAGGAGAACUUCUAUAUUUGGCACUUCAAGACUCCCAAAGCUCAUACAUCAAUUGAGGUUCCUGGUUCAGUGAAAGUAGACCGUCAAGAACGCCUGUACCAUAUUGAUGACACUCCCACGGGUGUCAAUGACGUCUUUAGGGAAGGAGACAAACUUUUUGAGGCAACAAGUGACCCAGUCUGUUGUCUGACAGCAAGUGAACGAAUUUUAGUGAUUGGUAGAGAGUCAGGAGCCUUGCAAAGGUAUGCUCUGCCUCAUGUUGCCCUGACUGCGCGUUACACCUUGCCAUGUCGUCCACAUCGAUUGGCACUAAAUUGUAACUCUACGCGCUUGGCCAUUGUUGAUAUCACAGGAUUGCUUACCUUCCUGGAUCUUGAUACACGCACAUCAGACAAUAAUGGGAAAGAGAUAAUGGGAUCCAUUCUGAAGUUUGAGCGCAAGGAUGUUUGGGAUAUGUGUUGGGCUCUAGACAACCCUGAACUGUUCGCUAUGAUGGAAAAGACGAGGAUGUAUGUCUUUCGCAACAUGGAUCCUGAGGAACCCAUUGCCAGCUCAGGUUAUCUGUGCAGUUUCCAGGACCUAGAAAUACGAGCGGUACUCUUGGAUGAGGUGAUGCGAGAACCUGAAGCACCCACAACUGACCACUUGCUCACAUUGGAGGUGAAAAGUCUGCGUGACACACGAGACCUUCUAGAGAAAGUGUCAAUCAAAGAUGCAGCCGCGUUCAUUGAUGAGAACCCACACCCAAGACUCUGGCGUCUCCUUGCUGAAGCGGCUCUCGAAAAGCAGGACCUUAAAAAUGCUGAAGCUGCAUUUGUACGUUGCAAAGAUUAUCCAGGAAUCCAGUUAGUUAAGCGGAUAUCAAACAUCCAAAAUGAAGCUUUGAGGAAAGCAGAAGUUGCUGCCUAUUUCAAAGACUUUGAUGAAGCAGAAAGGCUGUAUCUGGAAGUUGAUCGCAGGGAUGUUGCAAUUGCUCUUCGUCGUAAACUAGGAGACUGGUUCAGGGUUGUGCAGCUGCUCAAAUCUAGUUCUUCUGGGGAUGACCUGAAGAUGGAAGAAGCCUUGAAUAAUAUAGGACACUAUUAUGCAGAUAGACACAAAUGGGAUGAUGCAGUGAAGCAUUUUGAACCUGCACACAACCAUGAGAUGCUGGCCAUCUGCUAUUACCAGCUGGAGGACUUUGGAGCUUUGGAAUCAUUAGUACGCUCUCUGCCUGACAACUCCACACUUUUGCCUGCCAUUGCUGAUAUGUUUACAAGUGUUGGCAUGUCCCAGCAAGCUGUAGCUGCUUUUAUGAAGUGCAGUCGUGUGAAGUCAGCCAUUGACACCUGUGUAGCCCUAAACCAGUGGCAUGAAGCAGUUGAGUUGGCCAAGCAACACAAUGUCACUGAGAUUAGCGCUCUCCUGGCCCGCUAUGCUUCUCACCUGUUGGAAAAAGGAAACCGUCUUCAGGCAAUAGAACUUUACCGUAAAGCUGACAAACUGCUAGAUGCUGCUAAACUUCUGUAUGAGAUUGCAGAUGAAGAAGGAAAAAAGAAGAGCCGUCCAUUGCGUGUGAAGAAAUUGUACCUUCUUGCAGCCCAGCUUGUUCAGGAACACAAUGCAAAAAUGAAGACUGCUAUGAAAGAUGCCAGUGGUAGUCGAAGUGCAGCUCUCAUGGGACUGUUUGAUGACGGGAUGAGUGGGACGGUGAACGUAGAGGAGGGCGGAACUCAGACAAAUUUCCUGGACAACCCGUGGAAGGGAGCUGAAGCAUACCAUUUCUUCUUACUUGCACAGAGGCAGUUAUAUGAAGGUUAUGUUGAUGCUGCCAUGAAGACCUGCCUUCACAUGAGAGAGUAUGAAGGCAUACUUGAUCCAGAAGACAUUUAUUCUCUCUUGGCACUAGCUUCUUGUGCAAACAGAGCAUUUGCAACAUGUUCCCGGGCCUUCAUUAAACUAGAAUCUCUCUCUGGGACUAAGAAAGAAGCUUAUGAAGAUCUGGCAAUGAAUAUUUUCAUGAAGUACAGCCCAAAGGAUUCACGCAGCAACAGGGCAGAAUGCACCAACUGCGAAACCAUGAUUCCUGACUGGAUUAGCAUUUGUCCGAGCUGCAACAACCGUUUUGCAACAUGCAUAGUGACGGGGCGGCCAAUUAUGGACACUUCAUCGGUGUGGACCUGCAAGUCAUGCAAGCACUCUGCAAUGGAGCAAGACAUGACAAUGCGUUCUCACUGUCCCUUAUGCCACUCCGUCAUUAGCUCUCACUGAGGAAGAGGAAAGGAAAGUGUGAGAAUGGAUAUGGUUUGUUUUGACUCAAAAUAAUAUUGUAUGUGUGUCUAUGCAGGCACGUGUGUAUGUUGAUAGGUAUAUUCACUAAUAAUUAUUUUUAAAAAAAUAUAUAUAUAUGAAUAUAUAUAUAUAUACAUAUAUAUCCAUAUGUAUAUAUAUAUAUGUGUGUG